CCCAAUUCUUAUUGCUAUUAUGUUCUCAUUUAAAUUGGUUACGUAGCUAACAAGUAUUGAUAGAUAAUUAGAGCUCUUGAUUAUGUAUAAGAAGUAAUAUUCAUGGCUCGUGUGAUAUACAUACAUACAUGCUGCCAGGUAGGUCUGCGUGUAGGUAUUGAGUAGGGCUGGGCAGAGUUUGAGCCAAACCCAAAUCUGAGUUCUUUGGAUAUUUGGUUUGGAUUUUCGGUAUACGGAUUGGAUUUGGAUUUAAUUUCUAUAAUAUUUAGAUUUUGGAUUUGUCUCCGGUAAUCCAUCUUUUUAUACCUUAUAUUCUUCUGUAUUUGUUUUUGAGUAUUAAAGAGGGACGCACUAGGAUAGUGCCAAAACCUUAAAUACAGUGAAAGGACAUCAGAUCCAACUAGAAAUCCUAACAAUUAUUGAGCACCUACCAGAUAUACUAAUGAUACCUGCCUCCUCUUCAAAACAUUACACCAAAAAUGAAAAAUAAGAAAGCACGUCAUCUUUAAAUUCUGUUAAGAGCUACUUCUUCCUUCAAACAUUCUUACAUUUCUUUCUUUCCAUGUCCACCAUAUACAAGCAGGAACCAGUCUCCACCAUUUCUUCUGUCCAACUACACCCGUUGCAAUUCCAACUCCUUGAGCAGGUCACUGGUGUUUGAAGUCAUACACCAUUGGAGUCCCACAAUGUUAAGACACAGAAGACUAGUGACAAAACAAUGAAGAAACAGAUGGCUAUUGGAUUCUGUUUCUAAAACACAAAAAGGACAUCUAGAGCAUAAUUGAAAUCCCCUUCCCUUAGAUUCUCUUGUGUCAGGCAAGUCUUUCUUGCCACUAACCACGAAAAGCACAAUACUUUUGUGGGGAUCUUAACUUCCCAAAUAUAUUUCUAGGGCCCAUGUGGUAUUUGCUGAUCCAAAUUACACAAUGUAUUAUAAGCAGACUUUACUGAAAAAACACCAUCUUUGCCAGAUAUCUAGUAAAGCUUAUAUUUAGGAACUCGGAAUUAAUUAUAGGUAUAGCUGUUAAAUUUUUACUUAUGUUAGAGGUAAAAACUUCUAAUAUUUAGUAGUUCAAACUUGACUAAAAUUUUGCUUUUUAAAUCUUUCUUUAUUUGAACUAUAUUAGAAGUCCUAACAUUUAAGGCUUUAAAAUCAAUUAUAAUUUGUUAACUUAUAGCAAUCCUUUCUUUAUCGAACUUAAUAAUUAUCCAAUUAUCAACUCACGGUACGAUAAACUAAAUUAAAGAGUGUAGCAUCAGUUGGCAUUAAUAUGUUGAGUUGAGUUCCUUCUUCUGCUUGUUUUUAAAUUGUAUAAUCGAGAAAAGAAAAUAUAGAAACAUAACACCCUCUUAGUUGUUUCAGUUUAAUUGAGUGUUUUUGCUGUUCACUCUUUUUAGUUAAAUCUGAACUAUGUCUUUUGUUUCAAUUUAUGUGAUGUUGUUCGACUAGACACAUAGAUUAAGAGAAAAAGAAAAUGGUUAGAGUUGAAUCACUUCAUAAAGAUAAACUGAAAAUUCAAAAUUAAGUAUUACUAAAUAUUUGAAGUAUGAAUCCCUAUAGCAAAAUGUUUGUUCACAUCUUUACCCUUUUAAAAUAGAAUUCACUCUUGACAAGGUAGUCAUUUAAUUAUUUUCUAAUAUUCAAAAUUUUAAAUUAAGUAAAUUUUAUGUAUUAAAUCCUUCAUUAGUUGAAAUAUAUAGAAAAUUUCAAUAUUUAGAAAUAUAAAAGCGAACAAGAUUUUACCUUUUAAGAAAUAAUUACAAGUUGAAUAAAAUUGUACUUAUAAUGCAAGGCAACUUUAUGUUUAGGACUUUCAAAAAUACAAUUAUAAAAAUGAGCAGCAUGGUGCACAAAGCAACCCGCGUUAAUAGGGUCUAGGCUAGGAUUGCAUUCCAAGGAGUGUGAUAUUGACAACCUACCCUAGUGUAGGCAUUAGUAAUUGUUUCCACUAAUUUUGACAAGUCUUUCUUAGUCUGGUGGCAUAACAAUUCCUUAACGACUAGUUACAAAUAAAUUAACACAUUUGUGAUGUGAUAUCAGUUCAUUGAUGUCAAUUUAUUAAUGCCAAAAUAAGCCAAUAAUGAAUUACAAUACGAUUUGUAGUGGUAAUUGCUUAAAAGAAUAACUAUACUAUAUGUUAAUCUACUAUACAAUUUUGUAUGACAAUGCGUCUUCGUAAUGCUAAUAUUUAUUUAAUCUGUUAAUAAUAUAGUAAUACAAAUUGUAAUGAUUAACAUGAAAUACACAUAACACAUGCAUUUAAGUGCUUAUGUAAACCGUUCAUCAAAUACUAUUUCUAAGAUGUUUUUGUUGAAGCAAGUAUAAGGACAUACCGAAAGAAGUUUCACUAAAGCAAAUCUAACUUUUAAAAAUGAUAAUAUAUCCGUUUGAAAUUUAUGAUUCCCUUUUUUAGUUAUUAUAUUGUACACAAAUACAUCUUGUAAAUGUUAGGUAUUUUAUUUUUAAAAUUUUAUUCUUAUUAAUAUAUGAGGGAAACACGUGAUGCACAUACAUUAAUACUAGUUUAAAAAAAAAGUAAAACAUCAAAAAAGUUAGUUAAUUGAUUCCAAAUUUGCAAUAUUGCAUCCUCAAAAUAUGCAAAUAACACGUGACUUCUAUUUUAUUUCAGAGGAACAAAUGUGACUAGAUCAUGAUCUGUUCAAGACCUUUUCGGCGGUUAAUAGCCAAUGUAUCGCUUUUGAUCGGUUUGUUGGUGGGGGGCAUUGAUAAAGUACGGAUAAUCCAUUAGGGUUUAAGGAGAGAAUUUGAAGAGGUAAAAGGAAGAAAGAUAGAAUGAAUGAGGGGAAGUGUGUUCCUCGGAUAUAAUAAAAUAGAAGUCAUGUGUUGUUUGUAGUUUGUUUGUUCUCGAAAAAAAAAUCUGCAAACAACACAUUACUUUUAGUUAUUUUAGAGGAACACAUGUUUGUAAUUUUUUUUCUCGAAAAAAAAAAUGCUAACAUGUGACUUCUAUUUUAUUAUAGAGGAACAUACUUCUUCUUACUCAUUCUGCCUUUCUUCCUUUUUCCCUUCAUAUCUCUCCUAAAACCCUAAUGGAUUAUCCCUACUUCAUCAAUGACCCCCUAACAAGCCGAUCCAAAGCGAUACAUUGGCUAUUAACCGCCAAAAAACUCUUAAAAAAUCGUGAUCUAAUGACAUGUGUUCUUUGGAGAUAAAAUAAAGUCAUGUGUUAUUUGCAGAUUUUAAGGAUGCAAUAUUGCACAUUUGGAAUCAAUUCAUUAACCUUUUUCAGUUUUUUUCUUCUUUUUAACUAGUCUAAAUAUAUGCACGAUCCCCUCGUAAUUAAUAAGAGUAGACUUUUAAAAAUAAAUAAUAUUUAACAGAUGUUUUGUGUACAAUAUAAGAAUUUAAAAAGAGAAUUAUAAAUUUCUAAUUGAUAAGUGAUUAUAUUUAAGAGUUCGAUCUGGUUUAGUGGUUCUUCUUUCAGUAUGUUCUAAUACUUGCUUCAACAAAUGUAUCGUACAAAUAACAUUUGAUUGUGUAAAUAUGGAUCUUAGGCUUAACUCAACCCCUAAAGCUAGCUAGCUCACGAGGAGAGGUUUGUCCAAAUCCAUAAAAGGAUACCAAAUUUCCAUUCCUUUAAUGAUGUAUGAAUUCUUAACACUUUCGUGCACGCCCAAACCUCGUUAUAUGGAGUGUGGACACUAUAAUAUGGGGGCCCAACAUUGGUGAACAAAGAAUUGGAACAAAGAAUUGGAAUGUGCUUGGCUCUGAUACCAUGUAAAGAUGGAUCUUGGGCCUAACUCAACCCAAAAACUAGCUAAUGAAUGGAAGUUUGUCCAAGUCAUAUGAGAAUACCAAAUUCCCAUCCCUUUUUCGAUGUGGAAUUUCUUAACAGAUUGAAAGGUAAAAAAGUCUUUCACUUUUACAUAAACACAUACAUGCAUUAUAUCUGUAUUUUUCGUUAAUUAUUACAAAAUUUGUAUCACUAUUAUUAACAAUUAAAAUUUCCAACUCCAACUUGGAGUUUUUUUUUUUGGGAGAUAAAGGUAACUGUGUAUUCACAAAAGGCUCAUCAUCAAAUAAAUGAUGAGCAUAGGUCACUUACAAAUCUCACCAGAGCAUAUCAAACUACCCUAUGGGAGAUUACAACUUACCUAUAAAGUCAGCAAAAAGUUUUAUAUCCCCCAUCAUAUCUUGUUUACACCAAAAGUACAAAAGACUAAGACAAUUCAUUCUAAUUUUCUGGAUGUUGUUUUUCUUAUCCACAAAGCAUCUUCCAUUCCUUUUUUUCCAUAGGGACCACCAGAUGCAGGCUGAGAUUAACUCCCACCAAUUUCAUUAGACUCCCUUCUUCCUAUCAUCUUCCAGCUGUAGAGCAAGUCCUUAAUGGACUUUGGAGUUACCCAACAUACACCAAGAAGACCAAGAAACAUGUUCCACAAGCUUGUAGCUACUUUGCAAUGAAGGAAUAAAUGACUAUUAACUUCUGCAUCUUCAUCACACACAAAGCAUCUUGAGCAUAAUUGUCUGCCUUUCUUUUGAAGCACUUCAUGUGUUAAGCAGGCCCUUUUGCACACUAACCAAGCAAAACAUGAGUCUUCAAUGGUAUUUUUUUCUUCCAUGUUAACUUCCAUGGCCAGUUCCUGACCUGUGUUUGGCCAAUAUUGUAUCUGCAGUACCAUGACUUUACUGUAAACACACCUUUGCUUUGCCAUCUCCAAAUAGGCUUAUCAGAUUCAGUGGAGGUGCCUGGGAAGGCAUUGAGGAUCUGAAAAAGAUUAACGACCCUCUCGAUUUCCCAAUCAUUGAAAGCUUUCUUGAAUAUGAGAUUCCAACCUUGACGGCUCCAUAGCUGUGAGAUUGUGGCCUUGUUUUGAGUGGUGAGCAUAAACAGGUCUGGGAAGAGUGAUUGCAGGCUUUCAUCCCCAAUACAAUGUUCAUUCCAAAAAUCAAUUUUCCUACCAUUUCCCACCUCUAGUGAGAUGUUGCCUUUGAAUUAGGCCAUAAUCUUCUAAUAGUCUUCCACACACUGCAUCCAAAAGUUCCAAGAGCCUCCUCAGUAAUCCAAUGGCUUUGUAGUCGAUACUUCAUUGUGAUGACUCUUUUCCAGUGCGACUGAUCUUCAAUGCAGAAUCUUCACAAUUAUUUUUGAAGGAGACAAUUGGUUGGAUGAUUGAGCUUUUUUAUUCCCAACCCCUCCCUUGUUUCCUGCUAAGAGUAAGAGUAUCCCACUUAACUAGGUGGUAACUUUUGUGCUCUUUAUUUCCAUUCCAUAGGAAAAACCUCCUGAGUUGAUUGAUCUUUUUGACAAUGUCCUUUGGAAUAGGGAAUAGCCAAAUCUGGACAAGUGCUUCAAAUCUAUUUUCCAACUCCAUCUUCAUAAAUUCCAAAAUAGUGCUAUAUUCUCUCCUUUGCAAAAAGUAUAACCGAACAUAACCAUCUUCAACUCUUAACUUUAUAAAUUCCAAAUAAAGUGAAAAAUAUUUGACAUGGCCAAAUGCCUAUUAAAUUAUGUUAAUUGAAAACUAAUCCAUGAAUCAUAGUAUUUAAGUGGAGAAAGAUAAAACAAUGGAUCUAGGUUUAUAUUGGAUAAUGGGGAGUUCUGGAUCAUCCCAAAGUUCUGGGGUUUUGUCCUAUGCCACUGUUCUUGAAGAGUUCCAGACAAUGAGCCGAAACUAGAAAUAUGAGAAAUUGUGUGCUGCAGCAGUCUAAAGACAAAAUCGAAUCUAUGAAGGCAAGACAGACAAGGACUUCGUUUCAGAAGGUGAUGAACAAUGUAUUGAGGCGAUCGAUGCACUCAAUUUUGGGUUUGCUCUCCAUAUUUCAGGGAUGAGAAAGCAAGCUUUGACCAGAAGAUUGUGUUUACACAAAGGUGAAAAGUGAAAACAAGCACUGUUCUCUUCACACAUUAAUGAUUGAUGCAGAUGGAGAUCUCUGCCAAAGAUGAUGGAAGGUUUCUGGUAGAGAUGAGGCCCUUUAGUUGCAUUUACUGGGCAGGGAGACUUCUGUUUUGUUAAGUGGUUGUGCAUCUAUAAGGGCUUUGGAUUUUCUACACUCUUUUGCCUAAUCAGUUAUGGGUGAUGAGAAGAGAACAUUUUAGGUUCACAUAUGGGAAGACAUUUAGUCAAUGUCAGCAUCAGAAAGGGCUUUGUUAUAUUUGAAGUGGUUUUAGAUAUUGGAGCUGAUGGUGGGAAUGUCAGUUUGGGGAGCAAGAAGACCAUGGACGACAGCUGAAUAUGUGACCAUAAAAUUUAUUAUUGAGGUUAGUUUGAAGGCUCUCAAUCAGAUACCUCAAUCUCCACCAUUCACUUUGGUGGAAGAAGGCACAACUUCAAGGAUGUGAUGGACGGGCUUGAGUUUCACCAUGUGCAAAAAGCUUGUCCAGGUUAGUAUCCCUUCGUUCUUGCUAUUAUGUUCUCAUUUAAAUUGGUUUAUCUAGCUAUCAAGUAUCUAUAGAUGAUUAGAGCUCUUGAUUAUGUAUAAGAAGCAAUGUUCAUGGCUUGUGUGGUAUACAUACAUGCUGCCAUAUAGGUAUCGAGUAGGACUGGACAUAGUUUGAGCCAAACCAAAAUCUGAGUUCUUUGGAUUUUCGAAAUACAUAUUAGAUUUUUGAUUUGUGUCCGGAAAUCCUAUUUUUUUUACCUUAUGUUCUUUUGUUUUGUUUUUGAGAAUGGUCACUUGAGUAUUAAAGAAAAAAGCACUAGAAUAGUGCCAAAACCAUAAGUACAGAGAGAAAGGACAGCAGAUCCAACAAUGAAAUCCUAACCGUCAUAGACCAAAAAUGAAAAAGAGGAAAGCACUUCAUCUUUAAAUUCUUUAAAGAGCUACUUCUUCCUUCAAAAAUUCUUAAAUUUCUUUCUGUCCACCAUAUACAAGCAGGAACCAAUCCCCACCAUUUCUGCUGUCUGACUACACCCUGUUGCAAUUUCAACUCCUUAGCAGAUCUCUUGUGUUGGAAGGCAUACACUAUUAGAGUUCCACAAUGUAAAGAUAAAGUUGGCACAGAAGGCUAGUGACAAAACAAUGAAGAAACAGAUGGCCAUUGGACUCUCUUUCUAAACCACAAAAAGGACAUCUAGAGUUCAAUUGGAAUACGCUUCUCCUCACAUUCUCUUGUGUUAGGCAAGCUUCUCUUUCCACUAACCAGGAAAAGCUCAACUCUAUUGUGGGAACAUUGGCCUUCCAAAUAUAUCUCCUGGGCCACUGUAGUAUUUGCUGGUCCAAAUUACUCAACGUAUGAUAAGCAGACUUUACUGGAAAAACACCAUCUUUGCCGGUGUCCAGUAAAGCUUAAAUUUAGGAACUUGGAAUCAAUUAUGGUUACAACUAUUAAAUCUGUACUCAUUUGUGUGAGGUAAGGAAAAUUUGGGCGCUAGAUUUGGAUUUGAUCGGGUACCCUUUUUACCCAAAUCUUGUUGUUGCAUUUCAAGAAGAAGACAUGGUUGUUAAAACUCAAGAAGAGAGAAAAGUCAAGAUUGAAGAGAAUACACUUGAAGAAAAGGAAAAAUGAAGAAGAUGAAGAUAGGGUACCACCUUUAGGCGGGGGCAGGUAUGGGUUAUUGGGUGGAUCCGCAUCCUGAAUUGAGAUUAAUUAAUUAGGUUAAUUUUAAUAAUAGCUAGUAGAAACGUGCCACGUAAUAAAUGAAUUUCUUAAUUUUGUUUUUGAAGUGUGCCCUUAAAACAAGGGUAGUUUAGAGCCAAUAAUUGACAUUUAAGGCAUUUUGAGUCAAAAGGUUAAUGAAUUGUAUUUUUGUACCAAAUUCAAUAGUUUAAGGGUAUUUUAGGCCCUGAUUCGAUUCUUAUAUUGUACACAAACACAUCUUCUAAAUAUUAUUUAUGUUAUUUUAAAAAAUCUAUUAUUCUUAUUUAUACGAGGGAUGUGCGCGAGAUGCGUAUAUAGGACUAGUUAAAAAGGAAAAACUCAAAAAGGUUAGUGAAUUGAUUGCAAAUUUGCAAUAUGACAUCCCCAAAAUCUGCAAACAACACGUGGCUUUCUAUUUCAUUUCGGAGGAACACACUUCCACUCAUUUAUUCCGCUCUCCUUCCUUCUUCCUCUCAUUUAUUCCACCUUUCUUCCUCUUCAUUUUCUCCGCCUUCCUUCCUGCUAAUUUUCUCCGCCUUUCUUCCUCUUUAUCUUUCUCCACCUUUCUUCCUUUUUCCUCCUCAUUUUCACCGCCUUUCUUCCUUCUUCCUCCUCAUUUUCUCCACCCUUCUCCUUCUUCCUCUUCAUUUUCUCCGCCUUUCUCCUUUUUCUCUUCAUUUUCUCCACCUUUCUUCCUUCGUCCUUCUUCUUCAUUCUCUUCUAAAGCCCUAAAAUGGAGCAUCCUUUCUUCAUCAACAGUGACCCUCCAAUCAAUCGAUCAAAAGCUUUCCGUUUUCUAUCAAUCGCUGAAAAUCUCUUAUCAAAUCGUGACCUAGUUGGUAGCAAGUCAUUCGCGACCCGGGCCCGUGAAUCCGACCCAACAUUUGUACAUGUUACCGACCAAAUACUCGGCAUCGUUGAUACUUUGAAUGCCGGCGACAGACGUAUUAACAAUCAUCACUUUGACUACUACUCUAUCCUCCAAAUCCCUUCUAACCAAACCCAAAAUGCCGAUUUCAUCACCGAACAGUAUCGCCGGUUUAAGUUUCUUCUGAAUCCUCAGACCAACACUUUUCCAUUUUCUGAUCAGGCUUUCCAUCUUGUCAUUGAUGCAUUCACAGUUCUUUCUGACCCCUUGAGAAAAAGUAUGUAUGAUAAGGAGCUGGGUCUCCUCCGUAACCCUUACCAAGUUGUUGCUUCUACAUCUACCCCUGUGCAUCAGAGUGUUUAUCCUUCAAUGCCCAGUCCGAAUGCAGACCUAAUGUUUGUGAAUUUGUUUACUCAAGAUCAAGGGCCACAUGCUGCUGGAGUAAGCUUCAGUAGAGACCCACAAGCUGGAAUGUCUAUGCCAGUGACAUUUCUGACUAAUGAACAAGAAACUACGAUCUCUAUGGAAAGCUUGCCCAUUGAGCAGCAACUGCAACAACCUGAAACGUCUCUGAAACAAAAGACACACCCCGUGACUCCCAUUUCAUUUUCAAACACAGAUGAACAACCUACCUCAUCCUUUUCUUUGAACCAGCCACAGCUGUUAACCUCUGAGAGAAGCUUUAAUAGAGAAAACCCACCAUUUGGUACCGGGGUGAGCUCGACACAAGGGCGAGAAGCAGUGGUUUGUGCAGAGCAACAUGGGAAUCAACAGCCCCUGGAGAGAAAUGAGAAUGUGGUUGGGAACAAUGCAAAUAAGUCUGCAAGUACUGGUGACAAUGUGAAGGAGAAAGAAGGGAAUGUAGAUGCAUCAGGUAAGAGUAUACCCAGUUUCUGGACUGCAUGUCCUUAUUGUCUCUGUAUGUAUGAGUACUCAGUGGAGUAUACUCAUUGUACUUUAAGGUGUCCAAAUUGUAAGAAGGGUUUUCAAGCUGUACCAAUUGCGUCUCCUCCUCCAAUUAUUGAUGGAAAAAUAAAUAACUUUUGUGAUUGGGGAUUUAUGCCUUUUGGAUUAUCUUUGGAGGAUUUUAAUAGAAAUAUAGGUAACGCUUCGAGCUGGUCUCCGUUUUCGCCCAUGUUUACCUGUCCGCUAUUUGAGUGGCAUGGAGGGAGUAAUGUGAACGAUCAGGCUGUUGGAGGACAGAGUAAUGUGAAUAAUCUUGGUAGUUCGCAUAAUGCUGGUGGAUCGAAAAGUGGGGGUGGACGAAAGCAUUUUUCUCCCAUAAUAUGUAUUGAUGAUGAUGCGUUGGUUGAGGCAUCACAGUCAGAUGAGGAGUCAAAUGUGGAUUGGAAUCGGAAUAAAGAGAGGAAGAAAGCAAAGAAUGGGAAGCGGAAGUGUGCAAGGAAAAAACCCCCAAGUAAAAAUGCCAAGAAACAGCAAGCUGAUUAAGGAAAAAACUGUUGAAGGGAAUAAUGAUGUCAAUUUGCAAUAUGGUUUAGUAAUUCAAGGUGGCGUAGAAAUACCCAUGCUGUAACAGUUGAGUCAAGUAACAAAGGUGUCGUAAGUAAGGCAAUAAGGCACCUUGUUGGGUUGCAAAACACUUAGGAAUGUAAAUUUGAAUGUGUAGUUCAGUAAUGAGGUUGAAGAGCCUAUAAUUCAGAUGGGCCAAGAAAAUGAAGCAGGAGAAGGAGAGGAUGAUACUGUUGAUGUAGUUGGGUUUUUUAAAGGUCUUGAUGAGUUCCGUAGCAGUCUUCCUAUACUUAAAGCUGAGGAUGGUGAUAAGGUGGAGGCUGCCUGUUAUAACUCCUUAGUCUCCCAACAGUUUACAGUAGUAGCUAUUUGCUUGUAGCUCAUUUUAGUAGUAGUAAGUCUUUAUUGUAGUUUGCAGUUUCUCAUUCCAGUAAUGUUAGGAAGUAAUGUCCUAGUUUCUAGGGGUAGUUAUCUUAUAAAUUUUGUAUUUGAACUCUAUGUUUAUCCUAUGAAAUCUAAGCAGAAAAUUGUUCCAUUUUUUGAGUACUUUAAUUCAACAGAUUGCAGGUUCUCUAACGAACCAGCGCCAUAAGUUGUAGGAAGAAAACAACAGAUUAAGUCUUGCAGCGUCCCAUAACUAGAUCCAUAACAGGGGACUGUAACACUGCCUAGCAAAGUAAGGCACUUUUUUGUUUGUAGUUGUUCCUUUAAUUUUUGUCUGCUGGAUGCUGUAGUUAACAAUGGUGUAGAAUUACUCCGGCACUUGUGUUGAUAUUUCUAUUGUAAUGCCAAUAUAUUUCUAUUCUCUUCGGAAGUAGCUUCAGUAAUCAGUUUACUGCUUCUAUCUCCAUGCUCCUUGAGUAAUUUUAUUAUUAGUAAUCAUAGUUUUUGUUAUAUUGCUUAGUUCUUUUCUUCCAUUCUAAUAAGUUCAUCUUUUCAUUUUUUAAGAGAUGAAAUGGGGCUAUCAUGGCCUCAUUUUCGCACUAUGUGAUCAUUGCAAAACAAAGUUUAAUUGCAAUUCGAACUCCUGUCUAUGUCAAAAGUAGUCAUUGCAAGGUGACAACAAAAUAUCUUUUUCAGUUUAGUUCUGUCCCUUGUUACAGAAUGUCACAUCGUUAUUUUCAACAUCUGUAUAACUGAUCUCUGUCUGGAAUGAUCUGAAAUGCUAAGCACCAAUUUACCACAGUAGUCUAGUUUCAGAAUUUAGCUCAAUACUCUCAUUUGAGUGUACUCCUUUUUUAAAUAUUCAUGUUUUGUUUUAGAUGUGCUUGGUUGCUUUGAUUUUGGAUCUCUCAUUUAUUUGUAAUGAUGUGUCCAUGUUUGAUGUUGCUGGUUUUUGAUGUUCCUUUUUCAUAUUCCUAAAUAAAAAAUGUGGAUAUUAAUUUUUCACGAGAAUCAUUACUUUUUUCGGAAUAAUUUCAUAUUUUUCAAAACCAAUGUUUGGUUGUAAAUUUCCAAAUCUAACUUAGAGUUGGAUUCCAAAUUUGGAAUAGUGAUCCAAACCUAUUUUCCAACUCUUGUCUUCAUAAAUUUCACAAAAAAAGUGCUCUAAUAUGUCCUUUGUAAAAAGUAUAACCAAACAUAACUCCAUCUUCGUAAAUUGCAAUAAAGUGAAAGAUCUUCGGGAUCUAUGACCAAACCCCUACGAUAUUACAAUGCAAAAGUAAUCCAUGAAUCAUAGUCAUAGAGAUAAAGAUUUCAAUAACAUCAGUCGCAGGUUUGAGCUCUGUACCAAGAAAAUUAUGCCUACGAUUAGGAUUGGUUCUUUCAAGUAAUGAUGAUUGAGUCUUGAGCUAUGACGAGAUGGAGAUAGUGGAAGUAGUUUCUGAUCAGGUGGCUGUGACUUUGUCCCAUGCAACUGUUCUUGAUGAGUCUCAGUCAAUGAGGGAGAAAAGUAGAAUUGAGAAAUUGUGUGCUGCAGCAGGCUAAAGACUAGAUAGAAUGCUAUGAAGGCAAGCCAGACAAGGACUUCGUUUCAGAAGCAAUGGAAUGAGGCAGACGGUGCACUCAAUUUUGUGUUUGCUCUCCAUAUUUCAAGAUGAGAAAGCAAGCUUUUACCAGAAGUUUUUUGUAAACACAACGGUGAAAACACACUUCUCUCCAUAUUGACAGAUGUUGUGAUAGCAAUAUCUUCCAAAGAUAAGGCCUUUGGAUUUUCUACAGUUGUUCUUACUUCUUUGCCUAAUCAGGUGAUGGGCGAUGAGAAGAGAACAUUUUAUGUUUGUUACAUAUGGUAGGACAUUUGUUAAAUGUCAGCAUUGGAAAGGGCUCUGUUAUAUUUGGAGUGGUUUUAGAGACUGGAGCUGAUUGUGGGAAUGACAGUUUGGGUUACGAGAAAAUGAUUCACAACAGAUGAAUAUGUGGCCAUAUAAUUAUAUAUUGAGGUUAGUUUUGAAGGCUUUUAAUCAGAUAGCUCAAUCUCCACCAUUCAUUUGCGUGGAAGAAGGCGUAACUUUCAGGGAGGUGAUGAAGGGCUGGAGUUUUAGCAUUUGCAAAAGGAUUGUCCAGGAACAUUGGAAGAUCCUUCAAAAUUAGCUGGUUCACAUUUUGCUUGUGCUUUUCAUAUGGAGGAUCAUCUUCUAAUUUUCCAGCCUAUGAUCAUUUUCAUGUUCUACAGCAACACUUUUGUGUUUCUGAUUAUGACAGGACCAUAGGCAAGUGAUGACACUCAUUCUGAUAUUUCAAAAACAGUAAUCUUUUAGGAAAGACAUGUUUGAAUAUAGAGACCCUUUGGAGCAACCAAUUUCCAUCACAAUGUUCAGAAGCCUUUGUGCUUGUUGAUCGUCAUAUAUUAUUAUAAGUGGAAAGAUUCAAACUGAAAAGUAGAAUUAUCAUUUUGUCUGUCUACUAAAUUAAUGAAUGAUUACAUUGAUCGUGUGUUUAUUAGUAAUCAUAAAUUUCAUAA